GAGAAGAGAACAUAAAACCCCUAGAUGGCAUAAAGGUCUUGGAUCUUACCAGAUGCCACCUGCUUUUACUUGCUGGCUCAUUGUAACAAGCGCAGCUUUUAAACUCCCUUCUCAGCAUGUCCACCUGUUCACGUGGGCCCCAUGAGUGUACACACACGGGGUAAAGAUGGGCUACAGACAGCAUUCUAGGCUCACAGUACUAUUUAAUGGAUCUCGGGUGAUGUAUAUUUUGCUUAGUUUGCAUUUGUUACACGAGCUGCAAAGUCCCAUCUGUUUACCUGCAGUGGCCCUACCUGUAUUGUACAUGCAUGUGGGACUUGUGGAAACUAGACGCAAGUUGGUGGGGGGUCCCAUUUGCAACUUCACUGAGCUCAUAUGGACAUGUUGGCUGUGUUUCUGAAGUCGUGAUGGAGUAAGAGGGGCUGCAUGUUUCUUAUGGACAUCUAUGUCAGGCUGUCUUGAGAAUGAUUAUGAUACAGUGGUUUUGACCCACACAUUGUUCAUGUAGUGUACAGGCAAUCCAAUUGCAAAUGUGGUACACCAUGUCGUAUACAUUAUAGCAUGCAUGGUAAGCAGAUGCAACGCCUGCGCUUGUUUUCUGUAAUGCAUCCUGUGAUUGUCAGAGUUCUUGCUGGUCCUUUCGCAAGCAUGAUCCUCGGAGACCUGGGUGCUGAGAUUAUUAAAGUGGAGAGGCCAGGUUCAGGGGAUGAUACAAGAGCCUGGGGUCCCCCAUUUCUAGGAGAUGAAAGUGUCUAUUUCCUCAGUGUCAACCGCAACAAAAAGAGCAUUGCAGUGAAUCUGAAAGACCCAAGAGGAGCUAAAUUAAUAUUGGAGCUUGCAGGCGUCUGUGAUGUCCUCGUGGAAAAUUAUAUCCCAGGCAAACUGAGUGAGAUGGGACUAGGGUACGAGGACGUUCAGAAGGUAGCACCGCGCCUGGUGUACUGCUCUAUCACAGGGUAUGGACAGACAGGACCCAUGUCCCAGAGUCCCGGGUACGAUUCCAUCGCCUCUGCUGUGUCGGGUAUGAUGCACAUAACGGGCCCUGAGGACGGGGAACCUGUGCGGCCAGGUGUGGCCAUGACCGACCUGGCUACAGGGCUGUACACGCACGGGGCGAUCAUGGCUGCACUCCUUUGGAGAGCGAAGACAGGGAGGGGCCUCCAUAUCGACUGCAAUCUGCUGUCCUCCCAGGUGGCGUGUCUCACCCACAUUGCAGCCAACUACCUGAACGCUGGCAAGGAGGCGAAGCGAUGGGGCACGGCUCAUGAAAGCAUCGUCCCAUACCAGGGCUUCAAGACGCAAGAUGGGUACCUCAUCGUGGCUGCUGGAAACAAUAAACAGUUUGCCCGAGUAUGCAAGGUUUUGAAUCUCAGCCACCUUUCAGACGACCCGAAGUACAAAACUAACACCCUGAGGGUGCAGAACAGAAAAGAACUGCUGCAGAUCCUCUCGCAGAGAUUCUCAGAAAAGCGCACCAGCGAGUGGCUGGGAAAGUUCGAAGGGACCGGUGUGCCCUGCGGCCCAAUCAACAACAUCCAGCAAGUCUUCUCAGAUGCGCAGGUGGCUCACAAUGAUCUCAUCAUGAAGAUGGAACAUCCUACAGCUGGAAAAGUUGUUAUACCAGGCCCAGCGGUGCGGUUCAGUGACUUUAAGAUCAAUAAGCCCACCCCCCCACCACUGACUGGCCAACACACGGCGCAGGUUUUGAGAGAAAUGUUGGGCUACAAAGAUGAUGACAUCGAGCAGCUCCUGAAGGCUGGGACAGUGUGUCAGAACAAGGUGCGGUGAAGAAGCGCACUGCACAUGUGAUGCACGGCAUGCGUUAAUCUGUUCCUCUAAACUCAGGCUAAUCCCAUCAAAAGGGCUGUUUGGAAUUAUGGGAAGUGAUUAUUGUUACCUUUCACACAGUGCUUUCGUGGUGGCUGUGUCUUUUUAAAAUAAUCUGCUGAAUAAUUAUGCAAGAAGAAGACGGAAUACUAAGAAAUACAGUCAUGUCCCAAGCUGGAGAGCUGCAUAAAUCUUCAUAUUCUUCCCUUAACUCACUUCAUUCAGUCUUUCAGUUUUCAUGCUACUUAACUCUUCUAUAAACACCUGUCAGUGAUCUAAAAUGAAAUAAGGGAUAAAAAGGGUUGUUUUUUUUUUUUUAUUUAUUUUUGUGGUUCUUUUCAUUUUCCAAUCCAAAUGCAAUUUCUUUGCAAGACAUUUUCCAUACAAAAGCAUUUUAGAAAGAGGAGAAAAGCCUAUUGAUCUUCUCAACAGAGAGUUUUAUAUUUUUACAAACGCCUUAAAAAGCAAGGGAUCGAUGAUACAGGUUUACACAGGGAAUUCACAAAAGGCUGUCAAGAGGGAUCAUCGCUUACCGUUCUGGAUUUUAAAGAUGCAUAUCUGGGAUGUGUUGAUUGUUGCCCAAAGGCAGUUUACACAGUUAUACUCCAAAAAUUAAACACUUGAAGCGAUACAUGAAACAUUGUGUCCCCUAAUAGGUUAUUGCAUCCUUAUUCCUUCAAAAGUCAAGGAAAAUUCCGUUUAAUAACCACUAUAAUUGGUUUCUUAUUUUUUCCACCAUCCCUGGUGGCUUUUCUACGAAGCAGGUUUAAGGGAGGCAGUGUGGAGACAUCGCUGGCUCGCUAUGGCCAUUUGGUGCAGAAUAAGAGCAUUCCUUCAAAAACUAAGUGAACAUGGAACGCUAUUCAUUUUUGGGAAUUACAGUGUUUAUAAUGAAUUGAUCCACCUAAUUCAAUCAACUUGACACAGCUUGCAGCCUCGCUUCCUCCCAUAAAGUCAAAUAAAACCUCUGUAAAACCUCAUUGUCACCUCAUUUACUUUUUUCCUUUUCCAGGGAACAGGAAUCCGAAAACCUAAAAUUGCCGUGAUAAUCCGGUUAGGGUUUACAAUAAAUUCCUAGCACCGCUGCUGAAAUACGUUCUUGGGAUUUCAUCGGUCAUUAAAGUUUCACUUGUUC